AUGCAACACCAACACCAACAGCCACAACCUCCGCCAUCUCCAUCACCAUCGCAGCCGACCUCUGUAUCCGAAACCGCUCCGACGCCGUCCUUACCCUCAAUUUCCUCGCCCUCUGCUCAGUCUUCCUCCCUGCCUGCUGUUCUCGCCGCCGCAACAGCUGUCGCAUCAGUCUCCGCCCACUCGCUCCCGCAAAAUCCAGAUGAGCUUCCCCCGCUCCGCCAACCGUCGCCGACCUCGCCGGCGCAUUAUACGUUCGAACAACACCAACAGCAGCAGCAGCACCAUCAUCCUCACCACAAUCUCCACCCCGUUACGCCGCCUCUGAGAAAGGACACAUGCUCCUCCAUCUCAACUCAGGCCACUAGCGCUACCUUGGCCUCCACAGAGACCAAUAACACAUCGUACAGUGCCGACACCUCUCCUAACUUGCACCAGUCUAUUUUUUCUAUAAAGGAUGGCUCCGACGUCUCUAACAACCGCCGCACGAGCAGGAGACGGACCGGGCCCCUUUCUCAGCAGUCCAGAGAACGCGCUGCACUCAUUCGAAAGCUGGGUGCAUGCAUCGACUGUAGGAGGCGACGAGUCGCUUGCCAUCCCAGUCAUCAUAAUAUGACAUGGGAAGACGUCGUAACCAAGUUUCAUCGUUCGCAUAGCCCGACUAUUCAGGACAUUGCACCUUCUCUCGCCGCUGCCGGCCGACCGUUGAGCCCCGCCCCUGCGAUCACCAAUGUCCAGGCCUUGUUCCACGAUACCCAGGAGAUGGAUAUCGAUUCCAGUACUCCUGGCUCCAAUCUGCCCGGCCGACCUCCGUUAAGUGACGCUCGAAUCCGUACCCCUUUGCCAUCGGGCCCUCGCCUCGAGAAGUCCUUGUCUUUACCCGGCAUCGAGAGCUUCAAGAACGAUCUCCAAUCCAAUGUGGGGCGUAUGCUUUCCACUCCCAGUCGGGAUCGAUACAGUUCUGUGCAGGUUCUGUUCCUGUUUUGGCAAGACGAUGAGGAGGUCCCUAUAAUUCAGACCGCUGUCCGGGAGCUCGCUGAGGUCUUUGAUAAGUAUUAUCGCUACAACUUUCAAGUUCAGGCUAUCCCGUCGUCCUCUGACGGCUGCAAGAGCUCAUGGAGGUGGCUAUCAAGGGCACUCAACGAGUUCGUUGAGGACCGCGAUGAGCGUGAUGUAUUGAAGAUAGUCUAUUACGCAGGACAUACAUACCUCGAUGGCAAUCGUGAGAUGGUUCUGGCAAGCUCGCGAAGUCCAGAACAAGCCUCAACAAUCCGAUGGGGUGGUAUACAGCAAACUCUGGAAGAAGCUUGUGCCGAUACGUUGAUUAUUAUGGAUGCCGCGUACUACCCAUCGUCCAGAAUGGUUCGACAACAGGGCGUCCUAGAAUUACUUGCAGCUUCGGUAUCAGAAGAGCAUUAUUACGAUCUCGAUCGCUGUGCAUUCACUCGGGCCCUCGCUGAACAACUGCGAGUCCGGGCAGCACGAUUGAGUCCUCUUUCAGCUGCCGAGCUGCACGCGAAUUUGUUCUCUCAUUACGCCAAGAUGGUCCAAGACAAGUAUCCAGAGAAAGAAGUAUUGACUAGUUUCCCCUCGCCGCUCCACAUGAUGAUGUCUGGCAACUCAAGGCUUCCAUCCAUCUUUCUAUCUCCUGUGUACCAGAACAGCCCCACGCGAGGAAGUUUCUCUUCGUACGAGAACAGCCCUCAGUUACACUUGUCUAUUCGACUGGACGAUGACAACGUCGACCUCGAAAGCUGGAAUGAAUGGCUGCGACUGAUGCCGGAAGGUAUCAGGGAUGUCAAGGUUGAAGGGCCGUUUCGAGCUACGUUUAGAUGA